UGUGAACAAAUACGCGUUUCAUAUCAGCAGAAGAUACAAUUACAAUAAGCAGCGGCAGCAGCAGCAAUUGUUGCAUUGUUGAGAGGCGCACCAAACUACGCGUUUGUGGUUAAAUUUUACGUUUGAAAAGCGUGUGCGUGCGGACCGUUGUCGUGGGCGAGCGUCGUGUGGUUUAAAAAGCCACUCACCAGCAGUUUAUUUACGAUCCGCGGAAUCCGCGCUCAAGGUUAGACCGAAAGGGUCCGGAAAGUGUCCCCCCCCCCCUACUCUCCGCAAGGUGAAAAAGUAAGUGCACGCGUUCCGGGGGAAACAACCUGCUCCGUACGUGCACCUGUGUAUCAUCAUCAUCGUGCGAGGUACGACGAACCAUCAUCAUCAUUGAAGAAGGAAGUGAAACGCGUAAUUCCGCUGCUGCUGCUGCUGCUGGAGGAGGUUUCGCGUAAUCUUCCACAUCCGGACGAUCCGGAGUACUCUAUUUUGUGAAGAGAAAAAAAAAAUGCAGUAGAAAGUGCCAGUGUGUGCGAGCGCGUUCGUGUGUGCGUGCGUGAGUUUAUUGUUGUUAUUAUUGCGCCAACAUCCGAAGCAGGCGGCAACGGCUACGGCGACGUUGGUGCGGUCACCGUUUUACAUCAUCUGCGUGAUCCCGGGAGUCCUUGAAAACAAAUUUGUCGUUUUUCCGUGCAGCGGAAGCGCCUAGAAGUUGGGGAAAAAGUGCCAGCAAACAAACGGGGAAGAAGAGAAGGAGAAUAUUUGGUGCAAGUGUUCGGCGAAAAGUCAAUCUACCCACAUGUCAUGCCGGUAAUGCAUUAACGUCGUCACUACACACCAGUGGCCGAUACAUACUAGUUUUCUCUUACAUCUCACAUCACCGCCAACCUGCCCUGUCCUGUGUGCGCCACAGGACGACGAUCCGACGAUCGGUUUCGGGUCGAUACGCGAUCGAUGGCCAAAAGCAUUGAGUAACGAAACUAGAAUGCAUCCCCAACCACAACAGUCCAUAAACACAACAGCAGCAUAAUUGGCAUAACAUAACCAAAAAAAACUCGGAAGAAUUCUGAGAACAAAAUGAGCUUCACUCACGGGAUGAAGAUCCCUAGAUGGCCAUGCCGCCGUACGCACAUUAGGUCGAACGUGGCUCCUGUUGCAGAUAGUGAUUUUUCCCAAAGAUUCGCCUAAUUAAGAACACUGUAGCACUAGCGAUAGCGCAAUUCUUCUACACCAAGCGCCACGACCGUCGAUGGUUCGAUCCGCUUGUGACGGUGGCGGUGAAGCAAGGGGUACGCAUAGUGCACGCGCCGCGCGACGGUCCAGUUGCAACAAACUGUUGCUGCUGCUGCAGCGCCAACAACAAGCGUCAGCAGCUCCGAUGUUUGCUGCGAUUCGUGUAGAAGCAAACGAUUGGAGCCACCAGGAUGGAGACCACCACACAGUUGGUGACCGAAUUCAUCACGCACACUGGAGCCAAUACGCAGGACGCGGUCAGCUGUCUGAAAUCGUGGGAGUGGGAUCUGAAGAAGGCUUUAAUAGAUUACAACGACACGUCAACAAAUGAAUAUUUCAACAACAAGAAAAAUGAGAGCGACGGUUUGAUGAAACCACAACAGUCAUCCGCCGCCACCGCACCCAGCUCCGUCACCUCAUCGUCACAUUUUCUGCACGGAUCCAAUCGAUCGUCCACUUCCACACUGCUUCCACCGUUGUCGGCGGCAACGGUGGCAGGCGGCACGAUCAUCGCGUCACCACCGAGCACGUCCGCGGUCGUGUUGCGCCACCAUCACCACCCCCAUCAUCAACCGUAUUCGAGUGGUGGUGGAGGUGGCUUAGGGGGCGGCCUGAUCGGAAACGGCAUAGCACCCAUAAGUUGCGGUGGUAGUGCGAGCGGCGACAGUAACAGCAGCAGCUACAGUAGCAGCAAUAGCAGUGCAGUUGUGCAUGUUCAAUCACCGGUCGUAAAAUCAUCACCGUCGUCUGCGUCGUCGUCCUCACUGGGCGGUAGUGGUGGUGGUGGUGGCGGCGGCCGCCCAGUGGUCGGCUCGAUCAUUCGUCAACAUCAUCAACACCAUCCGCCAUACGGUCACCCUUCGGCUGCUGUGUCGAAUGAAUCGCCCGAACACUGGGGGAAGAGCGACGGCGUCAUAAACUCCCUGUCCGCAAUCAUCACGCAACCGCCGUCGGCCGGUCAGCUGAAACCGAUGCUUACCAAAGCAGACUCGGUUGACAUUUUUGAUUGUAAAAAGUUGGAGCGAGGAAUAUCACGCGCGACAGAGAAUGUAACGUUAGUUUAUCGUGCAAGGCAGGAGUUUGAAAUGGAUUUUCACGCCCACAUUCACGAGCAGAAUGACAAAAAUCUCAACUUUAUCGACACCCCCGACUACACCUUUACGUUACCGGAUCUGACGAAGUAUACGGAUGAUUUUCGCAAAUUCCUCGAAAAAGACCUAAUCGAGAGCUCCACACUGAACUCGCUGGAAACAACGAAUCGGUUAAACUGGUGGUACGA